AAUGGAUUACCACCUGCUUGGACUAAUUCUGUCUUUUCUCUUCAAUGGCACAAAGGUCCUAGCCGGUUACCCAAUUUGGUGGUCGCUGGCCCUGGGCCAGCAGUACAGCUCGCUGGGCUCCCAGCCCAUCCUCUGCGGCUCCAUCCCCGGCCUGGUCCCCAAGCAGCUCCGCUUCUGCCGCAACUACAUCGAGAUCAUGCCCAGCGUGGCCGAGGGGGUGAAGCUGGGCAUCCAGGAGUGCCAGCACCAGUUCCGGGGCCGCCGCUGGAACUGCACCACCAUCGACGACAGCCUGGCCAUCUUCGGGCCCGUCCUGGACAAAGCCACUCGAGAAUCUGCCUUCGUGCACGCCAUCGCCUCGGCCGGGGUGGCCUUCGCUGUCACCCGCUCCUGCGCCGAGGGCACCUCCACCAUCUGUGGCUGCGACUCCCACCACAAGGGACCCCCGGGCGACGGCUGGAAGUGGGGGGGGUGCAGCGAGGACGCCGACUUCGGCGUGCUGGUGUCCCGGGAGUUCGCGGACGCGCGGGAGAACCGGCCGGAUGCGCGCUCCGCCAUGAACAGGCACAACAACGAGGCCGGCCGGACGACCAUCCUGGACCACAUGCACCUCAAGUGCAAGUGCCACGGGCUCUCGGGGAGCUGCGAGGUCAAGACCUGCUGGUGGGCCCAGCCCGAUUUCCGGGCCAUCGGGGACUACCUGAAGGAUAAAUACGACAGCGCCUCGGAGAUGGUGGUGGAGAAGCACCGCGAGUCCCGGGGCUGGGUGGAAACUCUCAGGGCCAAGUACGCGCUUUUCAAGCCGCCCACGGAGCGGGACCUGGUCUACUAUGAGAACUCCCCCAAUUUCUGUGAGCCCAACCCGGAGACGGGCUCCUUUGGGACGAGGGACAGAACGUGCAACGUCACCUCCCACGGCAUCGACGGCUGCGACCUCCUGUGCUGCGGGCGGGGCCACAACACCCGGACUGAGAAGCGCAAGGAGAAGUGUCACUGCAUCUUCCACUGGUGCUGCUACGUCAGCUGCCAGGAGUGCACGCGGGUCUACGACGUCCACACCUGCAAGUAA